CUGUCUAACUUUUCAUACUCUAUGAUCUAUUGCUGUCUAAUUAUAUUGUUUUCCAUGAACACACUUCAAUCUGUGGUUUUGUGUUCAACGUUUGUGUGUAAUUUUAGUUAAACGUUUGUGUGUGAUUUUUGUGUUUUCCAUGAAAUUAGUAUGUGGGUUACUCUCUCAUUCGUCUAAUUUUGGGUGUUUCAAGGAGCUGCCUCUGUUGUAGUUGGACUAUCAUAUAUGUUAGUUUACUUUUUGCAUUUUGCAUGUGGCCAUGGUAACUGAUUAUGAUAUGCAUAUAAACUGUUUGUUGGAAUGUCUUAAUGGGUAUAGAAGGAAGUUGUAACAAAAAUGGGUAAGGGGAAACCGAAGGCUGAUGGUAAUGGGAAACAGAAGGCUGAUGGUGAUGGGAAACCGAAGGCUGAUGGUGAUGGGGUUAGAACUGGGUGGAAAAAUCCUAAAGAAUUAAAAGCUUAUUGUGAUUUGUCUGCUGCCCAAGUCCUAGACGGCCAGAAGCAUAAUGGAUUUUUGAGAAAGGAAGGGGUUGAUGAAGUGAUUGCGCAGUUAGGUGAAAUGGGAAAAGUGGUGACUCCCACGCAGUUUAAAAACAAAUGGGAUCAUCUGAGAAAGUGUUGGAAGACUUGGAAGGAGUGUUUUAGUGAGACUGGGUUAGGUUAUGAUCCUGUAACUGGGGUUAUUCACAUGACUGAUGAGUGGUAGACCCGAAAGAUUCAGGCAUGUCCCAAGGCGGCAACUUAUAAAAACAAACCAUUGCCGAAUAUUAAGUCCAUGGAAAUCAUGUUUGAAGGCACGGUUGCAACGGGAAAAUAUGCGUUCUGCACAAGUGGUGAAAUACCAAAUGAUUGCACCGAAGGGUCUGGGGACUCCGCUGAUAGCAAAGAAUUUGUUGACCCCCAAUGUGAACCCUCUGCGAACUCAGUUGACCCAAUGGAAGUUGAAGGGCCAGCAUCGUCUAGAGCAAGACCAGCAGUGAAUAAGGGAAAGGGCCUGGCAAGCGGUGUUCAACUUUUUAGGGGACUUGGCAAGAAACCAAGAAAGAAGCGUUCAACCAUGCAAGAGAUGUCUGACUCUUUGAAGAGCAUGUCAGAUGUUAUUGUUGAAAGUAGAAGCAUAAGUACGCACAGUACACCAUUUCGCACCACAGCAGCUAAUGAGAUACAAGCAAUUAUGGACAUGGUGUUAACUCUUCCUGGGGUGCAAGCGGGUGAUCGUCUUCAUAUGUUCAGCACCUUCUUCUUCAUGAAUAACGUAGAUGGUAGGAACAUGUUUGCAGCUAAUGUUGAGAGGAAGGAGGUCCAGCUGAGGUGGCUAGAGAAGCAGUACGAAAUGAACCCUCAGUUUCAUGUUCUCUGAAGGAAAGGGGCUUGUCUACAUCCCUAGUUGCUUAUCCUUAUGUACCUCUUGGUGUUGUAGCGAUCGGAUUAUUUUUAUGUACCUCUUGCACUCUUUUUUUUUUUUUUUUUUUUCAGACUUUUGUAUUGGCACAAACUAUAUGCUUGCCAUAGGUGUGUAUGUAAAACAAUGGUUACUAAUUGUCAUCUUUUGCAUGCUUA